AAAGGAAGAAGAAGAAAUUAACCUUUUAAUUUGAUAAUUUAUAACAUUUUGGUUAGAGAUUAUCUAGUUGUUUACUAUUCAUUUAAAUUCACUAUUUUUUUGAAUAAUAUAUAUUUAACGAAAACAAAACCAAGAGUAAGAACGAGGUUAAAGCGGUAUGCCCGCCGAGACUAUCCAAUAUUCCGAAAAAUACUGCGAUGAGCACUACGAGUACAGGCACGUUAUAUUACCUCCAGAUCUGGCUAAGCUUGUACCACGUCCUCAUUUAAUGACGGAGACUGAGUGGAGAAAUCUGGGAGUUCAGCAGAGCCCCAACUGGGUACAUUACAUGUUACACACGCCCGAGCCUCAUGUUUUACUUUUUCGAAGGCCGUUGUUGCAUGUAGAUUAUUAAUGUUUGGCAGGUACUACAUCGAUUGAUAGUUCCAAAAAACUCAAACCAUGUUGGAGGUAAAUGAAUAAUAGCACCGACUUUCUAAACAAUAUGGUUUGGUGUAAUAGAUAUUAUUCUUUUUUUAAUUUAUUUUCAUGAAAUUAAGGUGUUUUUAUAAUUUUAUUAAUUUUCCAUUCCUCUAGAAGAAACUAGUUGUGACAAUAAUCUUAAAUGUAUUAUCAUAUUUCAUUAGUAUAUG